AUGACUUCGACCAAUUAUAAUGUCGGAUUGUCCGAUGAGAAAAACUCAAGUAGGGUACUUCGACCACCUGGUGGCGGGCACACGGAUUUCUUCGCCCCUGCUGAUGCUCAACCUGUGAGAAAAGUCAAUCAACGAAAUGCGUCAUCGAUCACGGAAGGGACAAAUAUCAAUCAAGUAACUACCAGCCCUAUUAAAAAAUUGGUGCCUCCCCAGCAAGUACAGACAGAAGCUCCAACAGAAGUCCCAAAUCGCAUCAGAGUACCACCGGGAGGUUUCUCCUCAGGGUUAUGGUUUUCCGUCAUGACUUCGACCAGUUACAAUGUUGGAUUUUCCGAUGGGAAAAACUCAAGUAGAGUACUUAGGCCACCCGGUGGCGGGCACACGGAUUUGUUCGGCCCUGCCGAUGCUCAACCUGUAAAAAAAGGGAACCAACGAAACGUGUCCUCGAUCACCGAAGGGACCAAUAUAAAUCAAGUAACGCCCAGCCCUGUUAAAAUAGCUGUGCCCCCUCAGCAAGUACAGACAGAGGCUCCAACAGCAAUCCCAAGUCACGUCAAAGUACCACCUGGGGGUUUCUCUUCAGGCUUAUGGUAA